AUGGGGCCUCUGGGCCAACAGAGUUUACUUUCGACUUUACUCAUUGGGGUUGGCGCGCUCACGCUUGCAACUGUCGUGUUUACCACCACGAGAGUGCUGCUAAGCACGUUCAUCUUGCCUGGAAGAUCCCUCUCUUCGUUUGGCCCCAAAGGCUCAUGGGCAGUCAUAACAGGCGCAUCAGAUGGCAUCGGAAAAGAAUAUGCUUUACAGCUGGCCAAGAAGGGCUUCAACUUGGUCCUGGUAUCCCGAACCGCGUCGAAGCUCGAUUCCUUGUCCUCCCAGAUCCGGACCUCCUCCCCCGAUGUCUCGGUGGAAACACUAGCCAUGGACUUCUCGCAGAAUCUUGACAAGGACUACGCUGCGUUGGGCUCGCUGCUACGGGAAAAGAAGGUGGCUAUCCUGAUCAACAACGUUGGCCAAAGUCACAGCAUUCCCGUCCCGUUCACCGAGACACCCUUGUCCGAGAUGACGAACAUAAUCAAUAUCAACUGCCUGGGGACGCUGCGCGCGACCCAGACGGUGCUUCCAAGCAUGCUACCACAAAAGAAGGGGUUGAUAUUGACCAUGGGAUCAUUUGGUGGAUUGACGCCCACCCCCCUACUAGCCACAUACUCUGGAUCCAAAGCCUUCUUGCAGCAUUGGUCCAAUGCCAUGGCUUCUGAGCUGGCGCCGAGUGGAAUCGAAGUGUUCUUCGUUCACUCGUAUCUUGUCACCUCCUCUAUGUCAAAGAUCCGCCGGGCAAACUGGCAAGUCCCGACAGAGAAGGCUUUUGUCAAGUCCACUCUGGCGAAAAUCGGGCGAAGAGGAGGCAGUGUGGGCUACCCAUACAGCGGCAGCCCUUACUGGAGCCAUGCCCUGGUUGCAGCAGUGGUCACUGGUGUGGUGGGCCCGAUGAACAGUCUCCUGCUGGGCUACAACAGGAGUAUGCACGUGGCCAUCCGGAGAAGAGCCCUGAGAAAGGCAGAGAGAGACGCACAGAAGAGCAAAUGA